UAUAAUUAGGUGGAGUACAGCUUAUUUUAGCUAUUAAUGGAUAUGUAUAUAAUAUACAAUCAUAGUGUGAAUGCGCUACGCGGGAAGCCGAUAUCAAUAGCAGCCGCCGCAUUACAAUAACUGCUGUCCUGGCACUGUAUUCUACGUCACUUAAUAAAAUUAAUCAUAGUACUACUCUCAAUUCAAUCUUUAACUUUCUGGCUUCUUUAAAACGAUUUUGUUAUUAGUUGAUUAGCUUACAUCAAUCUACUGUAAGUGGCUUCUUCAAUUUUACUAAUAUUUACUUUCAUCUCUUUCUCCCCUUAAACAAUCUUUCUAACUCUAUAACCGACUAACAGCACAAAACGUUAAAAGCAUUGUGUGGCCCCCUCCAGCAAAUCCUUCUGAUGAUGAACCACCAAAGUAUGAACCAACUAUGAAACCUGGAGCCCCCGCGUGUGUCAAAGAACAAGGGAGUCGGGUGUUAAACAAAAUUAACCCUAACUCUGAUUCAAAGAUUGCGGAUGCUCAACAACAAUCUAUGGAAAAAUUCAUAGCGUCUUCGAAACAAAGAGAAGAAUUCACUUCUUCUAGUGUUUCAUAUGCCUCUGCUGCUAUGUCUUCUAUGACAGCAACAUCUAAAUCUGAAUCUGUAGUUCAGAGUAAACAAUCACAAGUGGUACAAGAAUCAACUAGUCGAACUAUUCAGUCUUUUUCGCAGGAAUCUUCUGAAUGCCAGAGUACAACUGUUUACCAGACACAAAUGUGUCCACCAAAAUCUUUUGAAAAUUCUAGCGAUGCUAUUGAAAAUAUUAAAACACAAAUGAUCCAAUCCAAAGAAAAUAUUCAGUCAAAAUCAGCUAAAGAAGUAGAAUCUAUCAAUAUACCAGAACCUCCAAAAGAUCAAGUUAAAACACAGGUAUCACAAAAGUCAGACAUGAAAAUGGAAAGCGAUAACAGUACUACCAUGCAAGAACCUACACAUGUUAACACAAUAGAAAACAAUCCAGUUUGUAAUGAGGCGUCGAUGCAAAAUAACAGUGAAGAAGUUGUGCUAAAUCAACAAAAUAUUUCACAUGACACACAAAUCAAAACCAGUACAGAAAAAACAUAUACAGAACAACCAACUGCAAAUAAUGACUUGAGAGCCAAGGAAACCAUGCAAACAACCAUGAAUCCUUCUACGUUAAAUCCAAAUGCAAAGGGCUCUAUGGUAGAUGCAUUGACAACUGCACCUGAUCGUCCGUAUUCGCCCUUGCCUACACCACAGCAGCCUAUUAGUUUAGUUGGACAAACAGUGACGGACGAAAAUCACACCCUACAUGAAAUAGACGAAAAAUCGGAAUUAAAAGAGUGUGCCGAAAUAAAGAACGUGCAAUUGCCAGCACAACCAUCACCAAUGUUCUUGCAAGAGAAGCGUGGUAUAACACCAAUACCACCUAUAAAAACUUAUAAUCCUCCUGAAAAGGUUGCCCCACCCGUACCAAUGCCUGAAGAAACAAAACCGUACAUACCACCUGAUUUUAAAAUAGUCAUAGAACCUAAGGAACCUCGUGAAACAACCUCGACGCCUUUAAUAGAAGCUUUAACGAUUGCACCUGAUAGGCCAUUUACACCCGUUACUACUUAUGAUCAAAAUCAAGCAAUAAGUAGAGAAUCUUACGAUCAAAAUCAAACAAUGAGUAAUGGGCCUUAUGAUCAGACUCAAUCAAUAGGCAGAGGAUCUCUAAGAGAGGCUUUAACUAUCGCUCCAGAUAGGCCUUACAGUCCUUUUGGUGCUCCUGGUGUUACUCAAUCCAACCAAUAUAUGACAAGUACCACACACGUAACUGAAACAAACUUGACCGAAAUUGUAAAGCCUAUCGCCACACAAACGCUAACUCAAACAUCUGACCAGUUGCAUUCAGAAUUUUCCACUAUGCAAAAUACGUGCAAAUUACAAUCGUCUUCAGAAAUGUCUGCAUUCAGGCCCGUUCCAAAACAAAUAUUUCCUCCACCACAGCCUGAAGAAUUUUGUAAAUUAACAAACUUUCCACCCAUUAGUAAUGAACUGAAAACCAGUUUUACACAGGCUACUAAAACAAAGCAAGAAACGACAUUUUCGGAAUCAAUGAUGGUCCAGCAGUCGUCUUUGUCCACCAGUAUGGCCACCCAAGGCUAUUCAUCUGUUAAAACAGCUCAAAAUUAUUUUGAACAAUUAGACAAAAAAGAAUCUCUUACUUCUACCGCAGUUAGAUCAAAAUCUGGAUUACAUAAACCAGACAGUAUUCCGCCGUAUCAGAGAAAUUUCGAGCAAUUACCUUCUCAGCGAGGAAUUUCUCCGGAAAUAUAUAAUGCACCGGCAGUUUUACAAAGACCCGUCACUCCGUCAACUGGUACACCAACUAGACUAAAAGAAAAAUCCGUUGAACCACAUCCAAAUUACACUACUCCUCAGGCAUCGACUCCAAAGUUCCCACAAAUUAGAACACCAGUACAACAGCCUCCUGUACAAUUCCAUAAAGAUACUCCUAUUACUAUGACAUUUCAGCCUGUGACUGAUGAUAAUUUUAUGAGAGUUUCUUCACCAUCACGUAGUAGUCGUCCUGUUACACCAAAUAGUUUAAUAAACAAACCAGCACCCAUUAUUCCUCAUUAUCAGAUGAACUUAGUAACAGUAGAGCAUUUGGCACCCGAGAGUCACCUAUAUGAGCCAUCUAGUCGGGAAGGUAGCAGAUCUCCAACACCAAAACCACGAUCCCGCUCACCAGCUCAAGGUCCUCCUCCAAAUCCAUUAAAAGCACAUGCUCCACGUAUUAAGGAACCUGCUUCACAAAAUUAUUCAAUGGACUCGUUUGCCUCACAAGAUGCUUCUAAUUGGCGAAAGCAGCACGAGAGGGACCAAAAAGAAUUCCAGACGGCUGCAGAGAUAUAUAAUACAAGUGGUGGUAAUAAAAACUGGGCAACACAAGCACCAGUAGUCAAAGAACAGAGACAUUCAAACGUGGGAUACAAGAGCGAAAAUUAUACCAAAGGCGACAUGAAAAUCAAAGAAGAUUCUUUAAUACAAGAAAAUUAUGGCCAAAGACAAAUGCAAUCACAAAACGUUAUUGCACAAGGCAAUACCACUGUUCAAACAACCAGAAAAACAUUUGAAGAAUUUGAAAGGACACAAUCUGCUAAAGUUGUAGAAAUCAGAAAGGGAGGUUCAUCAAUUACUGGGGCAUAUGAGCAAAAUAUGGACUGUAACAUUCGGCCUUCUAAUCUUAACCCAAAGCAAGUGUUUCCGCCUCCAAUGAUGAGUUUGCCAUCAACACAACAAAGUUCAUCACUUAACCUUACUAAUCAAAAUAUGACGUCCGCUAGUAGAAAAAUAGACAAUUACGAUCCAAAGCCUUCGAUUUCUGGUGCUAACCAAGGUCCAGUGUGUGAUCCUACCCCAUCGACAGGUUCGAGUGUAGGAGCUGCCGCUCGUGGCAAAACUUUCGGUGUGUCUUCUGCCCCUAAACGAGGAAGGGGAGUUUUGAAUAAGGCUGCGCUGCCCGGCUCCCGUGUGCCACUAUGUGCUUCCUGUAAUGGGAAUAUUAGGGGGCCGUUCAUUACGGCUUUGGGUCGCAUCUGGUGUCCAGAGCACUUCAUCUGCGUAAAUGCAACGUGUAGGCGUCCCCUACAAGACAUUGGUUUCGUUGAAGAAAAUGGUCAACUCUACUGCGAAUUCUGCUUCGAGCAGUACAUUGCGCCUGCUUGCGAUAAGUGCCACGCCAAAAUUAAGGGCGAUUGCUUAAAUGCUAUCGGCAAGCACUACCACCCUGAAUGCUUCAACUGCGUCUACUGUGGAAAGCUCUUCGGAAACAAUCCCUUCUUCUUAGAAGACGGUCUUCCGUAUUGUGAAGCUGAUUGGAAUGACCUGUUCACGACAAAAUGUUUCGCUUGCGGCUUCCCGGUGGAGGCAGGCGACAGGUGGGUCGAGGCGCUCAACAAUAACUACCACAGUCAGUGCUUCAACUGCACGGUGUGCAAAAAGAACCUCGAAGGACAGAGUUUCUUCGCCAAGGGAGGGCGACCUUUUUGUAAGACACACGCCCGCUAGAAGUCCUCAGCAAAUGAUGUAUAAUUCCGACACUGUUUAUACGACUACCACUUUUCGUCCCGUUUCUCCUUCUCCCAUCACUCCUCCUCUAAACACGCCUUCUCCGCAAAGAACAAGGAAGUUGGAAACACCCCUCCACUUCGAUGGAGGACUGUUUUCCGACAUAAGAAGUACAGACGGCAAGCUACUCAGCAAAGUAACCGUAGAUCGAGUUCAACAGUCGUCACGACAUGACAUCUCCGACUCACCGAGUGUUUUCACCGAUGGCAAAAAUUAUGUGGAUGACAUGGUAAAAACUGAAACUAUAACAAAUGAAAACGUCAUCACGGUGAAAUUCACUCCCGUGCCGCCAGAACUUGACUCUCCGAGAUUGCUGACACCGUCUCAGAUGUACAAAACCCGACAAAAAACUCCAGUUGAAUAUAUCAAGGACAACUUUGAAGACUUACA